GAUUCUACGGCGGCCGCUAAACCUCCUAAUUUUAUUUAGGCGUCGCUAAACCACUUUGCUAUUCUAUGAGCAGCUGUCAUAAUCAAAUGACAACACCAAUUUGAAUCUGACGUUUCUUAAUUUAGGCGGUCUAUUCAAUUUAGGUUUAGCUGCUUAAAUGCUAUUCAGUACAUGUCUUUUUUAAACAAAAACAUAGAAACGUCAAGCUAAACUGACUAAUUUUAGCGGCGAAUAAAAUAGUCCCGUUUAAAAUACGAUAACACAAAAAAGUCAAGUUUUGCAGAAUUUCUUGUUCGAAAUGGAUGAAGAAUACGUCAUAGCUGCUGUGGUGGCCGAAGAGAGGGAGUAUGGCGAGGGCGAGGGUGAAAAAAUGUAUUUGAAGAGGUUGCGAGACGGGUCUAACCCAUUUGACCGGUCCGAGCGGAAGUUCCGUAAAUUGUUUAGGCUGUCGCGGGCCAUGGGCCGUCACGUAGUGGACACUCUGUGUGAAGGCGAUGCGCUACGAGCGGGGACGGUGCCACCACAUUUAAAGGUCCUAAGUGCACUGAACUUUUUUGCCCAUGGCAGCUACCAGACUGCUGUGGGAGAAAUUAAUAUACUAGCUCAAAGUCAGCCAACAAUAAGCCGCAGUCUGGCAGAUGUGUGUCCUGUUAUUAUAGAAAGGUUGACCCCACAGUGGAUCAAAUUCCCAGUGACCAGACUGGAGAAAGACAGGGCAAUGCGGGAGUUCCAGGACAAUUUUGGAAUGCCAUAUACAUUGGGUGCGGUAGAUGGGAGUCACAUCCCUAUACACAAACCCCCAAAUAACCACCCUAUAGCCCCGGGUAAUAUUUUCUACAACAGAAAAGGGUUUUAUAGUAUAAAUUGUCAAGUGGUGUGCGAUGCCACAGGUCGGAUCACUAGCGUAAACCCUAACUUUCCGGGUUCAACCCAUGAUGCUGCUGUUUGGAGGAGCAGCAAUGUGCACCAGCACCUCGAAGGGUCAUAG